UAAGCGGAUGUCACAUCCGGUUUGAACAGCCGGCAGGAUUGAAGGAAGAGUCUGGAGUUAGCCACUUUACUACUUGUGUCGUUUAUUUUUAAACACGUUAAAGGUGUAUAAUACAGAAUUAUAAUAUAACACACUUGAUUUUAUUCGCGCAGUCACAAUGACUUUCGAUGUGCGGAGGUUCGACAUCUACAGGAAAGUGCCUAAAGAUCUCACCCAGCCCACGUACACCGGAGCUUUCAUUUCAAUAUGCUGCUGCGUCUUCAUGUUGUUCCUCUUUCUCUCCGAGCUGACAGGAUUCAUCGCUACAGAAAUAGUAAAUGAACUGUAUGUGGAUGACCCUGAUAAGGACAGUGGAGGGAAGAUAGAAGUGAGUUUAAACAUCAGUUUGCCAAACUUACACUGUGAUUUGGUGGGUUUGGACAUCCAGGACGAGAUGGGCCGGCAUGAAGUGGGUCACAUAGAGAACUCGAUGAAGAUGCCUCUCAACAACGGCCACGGAUGCCGCUUUGAAGGAGAGUUCAGUAUUAAUAAGGUUCCAGGAAACUUCCACGUGUCGACACACAGCGCCACCGCUCAGCCCCAGAGCCCGGACAUGACCCACGUCAUACACAAACUGGCCUUCGGGGAGAAGCUGCAGGUGCAGCAUGUCCAGGGGGCGUUUAAUGCGUUAGGGGGAGCCAACAGACUGCAGUCCAAUGCUUUAGCGUCUCACGAUUACAUUCUCAAGAUCGUCCCUACGGUGUAUGAGGACCUGGCAGGCAAGCAGAGGUUCUCCUACCAGUACACCGUGGCAAACAAGGAGUAUGUGGCGUACAGCCAUACGGGCCGCAUCAUCCCGGCCAUCUGGUUCCGCUACGACCUGAGUCCAAUCACAGUCAAAUACACCGAGAGGAGACAACCGUUCUACCGCUUCAUCACUACUAUUUGCGCGAUCAUCGGUGGGACGUUCACAGUGGCCGGGAUCAUCGACUCCUGCAUAUUCACAGCCUCUGAAGCCUGGAAGAAAAUCCAGAUCGGGAAAAUGUCAUGAGUGUGUGUGUGUUCUCCUCCAUACGUCACGUGUCUUUAUUUAAACCUCUUCAU